AUGGAGUCUUCACUGCAGGCCGGUCUUACUCUCCCAAACCACAAGUCUACCGACACCGACUUCGUUCCUUACUGGGCCCGGUGCCAAGUUCAAUACGCGAAGAACCUUUUAGAAUAUUCCCCAGAGCCUAUCGAAUACGACUAUCACGACGACGACGGCUGGGAGAAUUGUUUCUUCUUUCCCGAAGAUUGCACACGUGCACCUGUUAUAGAUAGGUACGAGACCGAUAGCGUUCAGUCUAUCGACUCCAGCGACAAGGCUUCUACAUCUACGUUGAGUGAUGCGGAUGUCGAUUUGGACGACAAUAUGACGCCAGCACUCCCAGAUAUUCGAAUGCUCGAUACCGAGGCCCUCAGCGAUCUGCUAGAGGAUAACCUUUCACCUCCAGAAAUCACCUCCAUACUAAUAUUUGCUACGAACGGCGCGAUAUUUGCAUAUGCAUCGGAUUUAUCGACUCGUCAGCUACGAAACCUGAGCGCAACGUACGGUGCGGCUUAUACAUCUUUUGCCAGGACAGCAUCUUCGGGAAAUUUGACUGGAGUGAAGCACACUAGUCAUCCUUCAUCAUACAUGACCGCGCCGUCUAUAUCGUUAGGGGAUGUUGGUUCGAUUGUCUUUGAGAAUGAGAAUCAGGUGGCCGUUGUGACGAGAAUCGCAGAUAAGGUGCUCCUCGCUGCAGUGGGACCAGAAAAACUACAAAGUAAGCCUGAAGCAGCUAUCAAUACGGAUGCAAUUGAGGCCGGCGAUGCAGCGGAAGAAGCGCCCACAUCUUCAUUACAAUCGUCGCAUGCCGCAAAACUCACAUCAGCAUCGUCAUCGUUAAAGCCGGGAACCCAGCAGAAUGGAGAUGGCCUGCUUGCAACCCAAUAUGAAAUUGACCGAAAUAAUGAUCUCGCGCGUCUUGCAGCGCUAAAUCUGAAUACGUCGCCAGAGAUUCUCUUGGCGCUAGAGGCGAAGUCUGCUGCAUUGGGACGGUUCCUUCGACAGAAAUUACAAGAUUUGGAGAGUCCAGAGGAUUUUUAA